AUGCCCGAACCCUCACCUCAGCUGAAGGGUCUCAAGAAAGUUCUCUCCAACAGGCGACGGUCGUCUGAACUGGUCGGCGACGAGUUCAUAAAAGAUUUGCGCACCGACUCCCUUGACUCGAUCACCCUGGACAAAUCCCCCACGAGACAAAGUGUCCGCUCUAUCAGCCAAGAUGGCAGCAGCAAAUCUGGCAGUAGUGGAGUGCGCAAGCUGCUGCCUGGCCACAGCAAGCGACAGAGGAGGAAGCUGCGCGAACUGGAACUGAAGGCUGCUGUUGAAGACUUGGCAAGAGGUAGAACAGGCACUGGGUUGAGUGUGAAGUCUGUUGCAACACCGUUGAGCAGGAGAACGAGCAGUCAAGGAGGUGAUGGUGAUGCCAACCUCCUCACAGACGAUUCAGAGGUCGAGACGCCUCCUUUGGUUACCCGCGACUCUCACACGGGCUUUGCAUCCAUGUCCUCGCCUUUAAUAUCUACGACGACUACACGCAGCGAUGGCGACUCCCUACAGAGCCCGUCCAAAGAAUUAUUGAUGAGCACAAUCCCGACCCUCAUUGAGCCUGCGGGGGACGACGCUUCUCCGUCCCCCAAGACUCCAGCUUUGGCAGACUCUGCUCAAGCCGUAUCCUCUCCCACGGGGUUGAUUGGCCGAACAGACAGCCUGAAACCAGAGUCUCGUCGUGACAGUAUAAGCAAACUCCGUGGCAAAUCACCCGGGAGAAGGUUUAGAGAUGUCUUUGGAAAGCCAGGCAGGAGUCCGAGAGCCAGCCCCGAGCGGAAGGAGAUCGAGCCGGUCGCUGGUAUCGCCAGCAAUGAAAACCUCACGCCAAAGUCGAAAGUUACUGAACCGCAAAACCCCCCUGAGGAUCUGACAGUGGCUCCUCCAGCGCCAAAUAUUCCGCAGACCAGUUCGAUGCCAAACCCAGAAAGUGCCGUGCGGCCUCUGACACCUCCUGGUGCUCUCAUUGGCACCCCGCUCACCACCGUUACUCCUCCUACGCCCACGGACACUCGGUUUGACGCACCGGCUGGGUCUCCAAGUACGGACAAGCCAGAGUCCAAGACGACACCAGAAGGCUCGAACAUUGUGGUGAGCCCAUCCGGAAACAUGAUAUCGCACCGGAGGAUCCGCUCAGCCUCUUCUAUCACACAUCAGCCCAGCAAGCUCUCCACUUCACUCACUGCCCCACUGGCAUCUUCCUCCGAGGAGAAGAGAACGCCGUCGGGAGGUCUAUUCUCAUCUUGGGUCUCUGCGGCACAGAAUGCCGCGUCGACUAUCACAAACCUUACGGCGCAGAGCAGAAACCGCGCCGGCACCAACGCUUCAGACGCCACUCCCAAGCAGAAACCCAUCGAGGAAUCCAUCAGGGAAGAAGAGGAAGCCCCUGAACCGGAAGCCCCACGCAAGCAGUUAGCCGUGGAAACACUGGGUUCGGGAGACUUGAACUUUGAAGAUCUCGGUCUGAAUGCUGAAGACAAGCACGCCUCUUCCACCAAGCCUGAACUGACAGAUGCCAAGAGAGACGCCACUGCUGAAAAGGAGGAGGUUGCUGCGAAAGUGGAAGACGCCCUGGCGAGAAGGGCUGUUUCAGCUGCUUAUGAGAAACAGUCAAAUACGACAACUCCUGUGGCUGAAAUUCCUGACCCCGUGGGUAGUAGCAUGAGGCAUGCGCAAACGAUUGCAGCGGCAGCGAGCGGGGAAAGGACGCCUCCCAAUGGUAGCGUUUUCGAAGCCGAGCUGGGUUCGGUCAAACGAACGGCAAGUGUUCGCAGCAGACUUGGAAAACGAAGAUCGCGCGGGUCAUCGACGGCAACUGGGCAGUCGGCAAUUGGUGCUAUAAUAGGGGCGAGUACCGCAACGUUGGCCAACCCGGCCAAGGGGCCUCGAUUGACGGGCUUUACAAUGGCUCCCAAGCAACGCAAUCGAAACUUUCACCAGCAGUUUCGGAGUGUUCCCGAAGACGACUACCUGAUUGAAGACUACAGUUGUGCUCUGCAAAAAGAGAUCUUACUCGCCGGGAGGAUCUACAUUUCCGAAGGCCACAUCUGCUUUUUCAGCAACAUACUGGGGUGGGUGACUACCGUGGUGAUUUCUUUUGAGGAGGUCGUCAGUAUAGAGCGAGAGAACACGGCAGUGGUUUUCCCCAAUGCCAUCGCCAUCCAGACAUUACAUGCUCGGCAUACUUUUCGAAGCUUAAUCUAUCGAGAGCAGACGUAUGACCUGCUGAUCGGGAUUUGGCGCGUCAGUCAUCCAGCAAGUUUCCAAAAGAGCAUGAAUGGGAAGCAAUUGGCAGCGGAAGAGGCCAGUGCGGCCGCUGUGGUAGAGAAUGGAGCCAGUGCUCAGCCCAGCGAGGGGAGCUCCACCGAGGAAUCGGGCUCAGAUGGAGAUGAGGAUAGUGCUCCAAGUCUUCUGGAAAGCAGUGCGAGCAACGCCGGCAGCGAGCUCGUGGACGGCAAGACAGUGUCUAGAAAACCGUCUGGCAUGAACGCGAGCGCUGUUGCGCAGACGGCCAGCAUCCUCGCCGGCACGACACCCAACGUUCCACAGCCACUUGCUGCCCAAGCAGGAUUUCCAGAGGCAGCAAACGACUUCCCGGGUCCGGCGACGCAUCCUCCGACCGACUGCUCCGACAGUGCUACACAUUACGACAAGAUUAUGAAGGACGAAGUCAUUCCUGCCCCGCUAGGCAAAAUUUACUCUCUGUUAUACGGCCCCGAGUCGGGCUUCUUUGUGCGGAAAUUUUUGGCCGAUGAAUGCAAAUGUAUGGAAAUCGCUUUCGAGGACGAUAAGAAGGGGUUGAACAACGAUAUCAAAAGCAGGCAAUACUCUUACAUCAAGCCGCUCGGUGGAAGCAUUGGUCCGAAACAAACCAAAUGCAUCACGACCGAGAAUUUGGAUUUCUUCGACCUCGAAAAGUCGGUGAGCAUCACAUGUACCACGCAGACCCCUGACGUACCAAGUGGCAACGCGUUUAGCACCAAAACUCGCUACUGCCUCUCAUGGGCUCCCGGCAAUGCGACAAGAUUCCAGAUGAACUGCACGGUCGAAUGGACAGCCAAAUCCUGGCUGAAAGGGCCUAUUGAGAAGGGGGCCAACGAAGGCCAACAGCAGUACGGUGAUAGCCUGAUUAAGGUCCUAAAGGUUGCGGUUAGUGGCCGUCCUAGGGGGACGACCAACGCCAGCAAGGGUUCGAAAUUGACCAAGAAGAAGCGCAAAGGGGAGAAAAAGGGCAAAGAGGAAAAGAUCGAAGAAGAGAAGAAGCAGACGGUGAACUGGGGCAUUUUCGAGUCAUUACGUCCCUUGUCACCUGCCAUAGACAUAUUGAGGCAGUUCGUGAAAAUGGAGGUUGUGGUUGCAAUCCUCUUUGUCAUGGUCAUGUUGAUGUGGCUGCGUGGCCCAGCGGGAACCACUCAACUCGGUCCGUACAGAUCGCACACAGAGCGGAUGGCGGCAUACGAUUCUCUGUGGUUGCGUGAGGAAAACGAGUUCUGGGACUGGCUUGAAGAACGCGCCAACAUUGAUACUAUUUCACUUCGUGAAAAGUCUGGCCCCAGCUUCAGUCGAUCAAAUAAAGAGGAGACCGGCGACCCUGCGAGACAGAGGUCGAUAGAAAAGCAACGGCACAAGAGGAGCAGGUCCUCGACAAGACAAGAUGUGGAGGCGAGGAUCAAGGAAGAAAAGUUCGGUCAAAGAGAGAUGGAGGACGCCAUCAAAGUUACGAAGGAGAGGUUGGAAAUUCUCGAAAAAGUCAUGGAGAAGAACAAACAUCAACGGCAAUAG